AAGUUCAGCCUCGUCUGCAUUUUGAGACAUCAUAUGCACAACACUUCAACUUCAAACCCUCAAUCUCACCUUCACUAUCAAGCUUCUCACAUUAUCAUAAAUCUAUUCAACUUCACUUGUCCCACUAGCGGCGAUACCGCCUCAACUCCCCCGAGUUAAAAUCCCCGACGCGCCAACAUGGCCUCUCCACCAUACAACCACAGCUUUGCCUCCGCGAUAUCUCCUCCCUACCCACCGCACGCGCAACUUCCUCAACAACCAAAGCGCAGACAAUCCGACAUGCCCUCAUCAGUGCCCUCGAAUAAGCGCCGAAAGGCCUCCAUGCUCUCCACCACCUCCGCGACAUCCUCCGCCCACCCCCUCCGUCAAACCUCCUUUCCCCCAGAAAACAACGCACGAACACCCGCCUUCUCCAGAUCACCUAGCAUGGAUACAAUGUCCAUAGUCUCCGGCUCAGUCGCGGGCGGCAAGCGAAAGAAGAUCAGGAAGUCGAAGGGGAAGGAUAACGAUACCGCGUCUGUGUCUGGUAGGAAGGCAAAGUCUACGGCAUCUGGUGACGGAGGUGCGCCUCCGAGUAGCAGAAAGAGGAGAGCGAGUACGGCGGAAGAGGAGGAAGAGGAAGAUGGUGGCGAGGGCAUGACGUUGAAUGUGGAUGCUGCAUCGAACGAGGAUAAACUUAAGGAGGAGAGGAGACGGCAGAUUUUGAUCAGGGCGUUUGAGAAGAAUGGUCAACAGUUCACUCAAUAUGAGGCGUGGAGAAGCAGUAAGCUUUCGGAUAGUACCGUCAGGAGAAUUGUCAACCAAACGCUAUCUCAGUCUGUACCUCCUAAUGUCAUCUUGGCAAUCAAGUCAACGGCAAAGAUAUUCGCAGGAGAAAUCAUAGAGCGUGCUAGGAAGGUGCAGACGGAGUGGAUAGAGAGAACUGGCGUUUCGCAGACUGGUUUACCGAGCCCACCUGCUGAGGGUAGCAUUGUUCCGUUUGAGAAGGAGAAGAGACGAGGGCCACUGUUGCCGGAUCAUCUGCGAGAAGCGCACAGAAGACACAUACUAGAGGGCAAUCAUGGUCUGGUUGGCAAUAUAGGUUUGUGGCAGCAUCAAGCUCAUAGCGGCGUCGAGAGGUUUGCGAUCAAGGUUCAGGGAAAGCGAUUCUUCAAAUAGAGCUUUAGAGUUUGUUUGUAUGAUAGGAAAUUAAGGAGCUGCAUGGUAUUGGCAGUGGACGACAUAAUGAAUACCGGUAUCUCAG